AUGAGCAAGGUGAAGGCGAGGAUUGCGGGAACGGUGGCGCUGGCCAGCUCGCUUCCCCUCUUCACGAACUCGCACAAGGCAGACAUCUCCAUAUCGGAGCCCGAGUCCUUCCGUCAUGGCGUCCACAUCUCCUGCCACGAGGGCCAGAUCACGGGCGUCCCCCAAGUGUGGAAGGAGGAGAUUACCGAGUGGGGUCAGGGCACCCUGCCCAGUGGUGCCGCGGACGAGCUGGUGGCGCAGCAGCUCCCGAAGGUCAUCCGGCCCACCACCGACGACCUGCGUCCCUACAUGAAGAGGCGCGAGCCUGUGCGGCAUACCAGUACUAUCUCGAACAUGCGCGCCAUGAUCAAGUUUCGACUUCCGCCUCAAGCAGAGGUUGUUGACUCUGAGGGUCGCGGGCCGAACAAGUCGAGCGAUACCGGCUUGAUCGACCGGGAGGCCCUGAAGGCCCUGGCCGCGGAGACCAAUGUGAUCAGGCUCAUCAAUGAUGCGACCAGUACCCUGGACUUGUCGUCGUGCGGCAUCGACGACCUCAAGGAGCAGUGGUUCGAGGUCAAUCGCGGCGUGGCCCGCACGCUCAAGUCGGCCGACCUCGGGUUCAAUCACUUUCAGUGGUUCCCGCUCCAGCUGCUGCGAUUCAGUCAGUGCCUGUCGUCCCUCUGCCUCGACGGCAAUCAGCUCAGCGAACUGCCGCCCCACAUCGGUAUUCUCCAACGACUGGUCGAACUGAGCGUGAACGGUAACAUGCUCAAGACGUUGCCCCCGGCCAUUGGGCAUUGCACUUCGCUCGAGACGCUCUCCUUGAAGAACAAUCACAUCAAGAAGCUGCCUCGCGAGUUGGGCCGGCUUAGCAAACUGGAGGAGCUCCACCUGAGCGGGAAUGCACUCUCCACGCUUCCAGCGGGCAUUGGUGGUUGCACGCAGCUGCAGGUGCUCGACGCAAGCUGGUGCAGGUUGGAGAGGUUGCCCGAGGAGAUGGCGCACGUUACGUCGCUCAUUGAACUCAAUCUGGCUCACAACAACCUGACGGCCCUGCCCUCCGCCAUUGGGCUUAUGACCCGCCUCAUCGAUCUGGACAUCUCAGACAAUUGCUUGGAAGACCUGCCGGUGUCGAUGGGCCUCAUGAACUUCAAGAACUUUGCGUGUGAUAACAAUCCGCUCAGCGAUCAGGGUCUAGUUGGGACGCUCAAACUGACCGUGCACCAUGUGCUGAGCUACCUGGAGAGGCGGAUGUACGCCCACAUCCCGAUGGACGACCACGAGGACUACAUCGUCGUGCUGCGCGAGAGCCGUCCGCCCGUCUCGCCCAUCUGCUGUCCGCCGCUGCCCUCGACCCCGUUCCAGUUCACCGUCUCGGGCCACGUUGCCGUCGCCGCACAGCCCAUCCCGUCCGCAUCAGCAGGCAACGGUAGGUGCAAGCCGACCGCUCAUGGUGCUCUCCCGCCGCUGCCGCAGAGUAACGAGCCGAAGCUGGAGAAGAAGCAGCAGAAGAAGGAAAAGCAGAAGGCGACGAGGCUCGACGAGGCCAAGGCCCGAAAGACGAAGAAGGGGAACGACUCAGACGGUUCUUCAUCGUCAUCGACGGCCUCUUCGCCCGGUCUCGAGAGCGACAAUGCGGCGGUGAGACAGCAGACGAUCGUAGUCAAGGCUGACGCACGCGACACUGACCACAAACGCGAAUGCGAGGACGAGGACGAGCUCGUUCUCCUCAAGCUGAAUAAGCUCAAGUCGCUCUCGCGCUCGUUGGUCAACGUGAUGCUCGAGAUCGUCGAAGACAUCCAAGUGGAGCUGACCGAAUUGACAACUCUCGAGGAGGCGGUCGACCUGGCCAAGACUAUCCGCUCGCUGAAAGAUGAAAUGGUGGCGAUUCGGUCUCGCGAGGAGGUGUACGCGGUGAGCGAGAGCUUGAAGCCAACACCGCCCUGCCACGACGGCGUAGAUCGUCUGUCCUUGAUCAAGUGCACCGUCUCCACCGCCCUGGACAACAUCGCGAUCACGAUCCGGGCCUUGGGGAGCGCCAUUGAAGUUACGCCGGACUUUGACUCCCUGUUCGUCUUCACGCGGCACCUCAGAUCCCUCUACGAGCACCUGAACUAUGAAGACGACGAUGAAGGCGAUGCUUCUUCGGCAACGUCGUCAUCGUCAUCUUCUUCCUCCUCGAGUCCGUAA